UUCAAAAUUUUUUUUCCAACGUACGCGACGGUUGUAUCACUCGCGCUGUUUCCCGUUAAGAAAUAAAAAAGUCAACAACAUAAAAUAUGGACAUUUGAUAAACGGCCACGGAAUUAUAGCUCCCCAUAUUGAUCCAUUUGUUUUUUGGGAAACAUUCAACCAUUUUCGGAUGUUUUAUCUAUUGUGCGACAGGUUUCUCUCCACGUUUUUUUCGAUUCGAUUCAGAACGGCGUUGUCGUUGUUGCUGUUGUUGUUUUAGUGAAGCGGUCGCCUCGCACACACCUACAAAAGCACUCGACGCACACACCAACGCGAUACAUACAUACACACGGUUGUGAUUUGGCGCGCACUUGUGUGCGUGUGGUAGAUACAAAACAACAAAAUAAAAACGAAAAAUCGGAGUGCAAAGAAACAGAAAACAGCAAACGAGAAAAUCGGAAAACCGAAAAACCAAAACAGUGCCCGUGCCCCCAGUUACAGUUUCCAUCGGUUGGAAAGGAAAAACAAGAAAUUUCGUUUUGAUUUCAAAGAUUUUUUCGUGCGCGCAUGAAAGUGUAUGUGUGUGCAGCAACAAACACAAAUACCAACGCACACACACACGGUUGCGGAGCAGCAAAAGCAACCGAAGAGAAGAAGAAGAAGCGAGAAGCAGAAGAAGAAAGAUGAUGUAAACUUUGUUGUAACCCAAAACAAAAACAAAAAACAAAUUGAAAAUUUGAAGAAGAGAAAGGAAGAAAACGAAAAAAAGUUGGACUCCGAAAUAUUGCAAUAUUCAAGAGAUUUUUUCCACCCGUAAGAACCGGAAAAUCUCUCCUCACAAUGCCGGAAACGGAGCAGGAAAGCUGUAACAAGGAGUGGCUCCAGUCGCAACUGCGUUCCCUGGACGCCAAGGAUCUGAUCCUGCUUGACUGCCGCGGUUCCCACGAGUACAGCGAGUCGCAUAUUCGUGGCGCCGUCAACUUGUGCAUUCCCAGCAUCGUCCUGCGCCGCUUGGCCAACGGAAAGAUCGAUCUGGCCUCAACGAUCAAGUCGCCGGAGCUGAAGGAGCGCAUCCAGACGGGCUACAAGCUCUGCCUCUUCAUCCUGUACAACGGCGAGGGUGUGUCGGGCCAGAAUCCGGAAAUCGCAGGCGCAGGAGCCUUCGCGGUGGCCAUGGACUCCAUCAUCAGCAUUUUGCAUCGUCGGCUCAAGCAGGACGGCUGCCGAGUGGUUGCCCUACAAGAUGGCUUCUCCAGUUUUCGCCAAGCGUUUCCGGAAUGGUGCGAGGAUGAUAGCCAGGCGCACAACAAAGAAAUGGAAUCUAGUCGCAAUGUACAGACCGAUCAGUUAAUGGGUCUUAGAUCCCUACGCAUUUCCACACCGCAUUCCGAUUCCGCGUGCAGCAGUUCGGCCGAAUCAUCGGACUGUGAGAGCACCGGGCACCAUCAUCAUCAUCACCAUCAUCACCACAAUUUCAAUGAGGCGCCCGUGGAGAUAAUUCCAGGACUUUUGUUCCUGGGAAAUGCCUCGCACAGCUGCGACUCGAAUGCAUUGCAAAGGUACAACAUUAAGUACGUGCUGAAUGUGACACCGGAUUUGCCAAAUGAGUUCGAGAAAUUGGGCAUUAUCAAGUAUCUGCAAAUUCCAAUUACCGAUCAUUAUUCACAGGAUUUGGCCAUGCAUUUCCCAGAUGCCAUACAGUUUAUAGAGGAAGCGCGGUCCGCGAACUCGGCGGUGCUGGUCCACUGCCUGGCCGGGGUGUCGCGCUCGGUAACCGUGACGCUCGCCUACUUGAUGCACACCCGGGGACUGAGUCUCAACGACGCCUUCAUGAUGGUUCGCGACCGGAAACCGGAUGUAUCGCCCAACUUCCAUUUUAUGCAGCAGCUGCAGUCCUUCGAGAGCCAACUGCGAUUGAGUCCCGGCGAUGGACAGGCAAUGGACGAGUCCGGUGUGCUGAUGAGCACCAGUGUCGUUGGCCAGGGCCUGGGCCUGGGCAUGGGCCUGGGUUCGUCAUCAUCACCUGCUUGCUCCGUUUCGAAUGUGCUCACCGCGAAUCCCAGUGUGGUGGCUUCGCGCUGCGGCCGCGGCUCCAAGUUCUCUUGCAAUUGCAUUGCGCAGGACUGCAAAUGCAUGCAAACCGGUGGCUUUAUGGCCGCCCACUUGGCCAAGGCUACGGGUGUGUCGCCCGACUCGGGAAUCGAGUUCGAUCGCUGGACACCGUCCUCGGACACGGGUCUUAAAUGAGAUCAGCUGGGCGGGAAGAGUUUUGUGCUGCCGCCAAGUCAAGAGAUGCUGGUGGCAGCAGCCGUGGCCACAUCACCGCCGCCAAUCUCCCUGGCCGUUAAUCCGGAUAAUAUGUCGCCGGCCAGCACCACCAGUUCAUCCACAUCGACAACGACAACGGCGGAGGCGGUUUCCGUGGUUGAGGUAGUGCAGCAGCAGCAUCGGGAUCAGGAGAUGGCCGAGGAGGAGGAGGAUGGUGACGAGACGGCGGUCUAAAUAGCAACAAAGCUUUUUCCCACAAAAAAACCCCAAAAAACCCAUACAUAUGAGCCGCUUCAAACUUGGAAUACGUCGAGUUUGAAGAUAAAAAUAUAUUAAUUAAUACAUAAUAAAUAAUUUAAUGUUUACGUACGAUUUUAAGGUCUAAUAAUGCAAACAAAAUCCAAUGUUAUCCACACUACAAACUGCAACUACAAGAAAACCAGAAACUAAACAAAUAUAUAAAAUAUAUUUAUAUAUAUAUACACCACAAUGUACAUGUUUGUAUGUAUUUAACUCGUAAGCCAAGUCAAGAGAAUAUAAAUAUAUAUGAAAGCCGAGAGAAAAAAUAAAAAUAAUUGAAAACUUUCAACAGGCAUAAAAACACAACACACACAAUACAUAUAUAGUUUUAUUUUUAGUUGUAAUUUUUACUAAACAACUCGAAAAAAAGAAACGUUUAUAAAUGUAAAACUUGUUAGGAAAAGCGGAAGUCCCCAAGAAUCCCCUUUAUAUAAAAUACAACUACUGAAUGCCAAGUCAUAUUUAAGUGUAAAAGCGAAACUAAAAACCGAAUAUCGAAGAAUUUUUAAAAUUGAAAAAUGAAAAACGAAAAACUAAAACAAAAAGAAAAUAAAAUACAAACAUUUUGCACAACACAAAAAAAAAAGGAAUAAGGAAAUGAAACCCAAACUCCAUGCAAACAACUUUUUUAUGGUUUUUAAAAAGGGCGGUCUUGGCCAGAAAAGAACCACAAAUAGAGGUAAAAGUAAAAAGAUUUUAUGAUGGAACAUAUUUUCUACCAAAUAAAAAUGUUAAAGAUGCUGGAAAAGGACAGGAAAAUGGAACGAAAGGGCAAAGUAUAAAGGGAUAAUUUGUUAUUUAAUGGAUAUAAAAAAAUAAAUAAAGUUGUAUGUCAGCUGUUUUCCAGUGGGGCAAUGUUGGUACAAAAUUUAUCAGGUGAAGUUUAACAACAAAAAAAUAUAAAUAAAAAACAAACUGAAAGCAAACUCUGAAAAAUAAAUGGUUUAUAUAUGAAAAACACACAAAAAACUAAUAUAAAAACCCAGAAACUUUUUGGAAAAAAUAAGGCUGUGCGCAAUAUAAAAAAAUAAUAUUUAUAUAAAUGUAGAGGAAAAUCCCCGAGUUAAAGGCAGAAAGCAAACAAGCAAAGAUGGUUUAGUUGGAUUUUUAAUGAGGGCCAAAGACGAGUUCUUGGGCCGAAGGCUAGGAUUUGCUUCCAGCUAAAGCUUGACUGAUUCGAUUUUGGUAAAGAGAUGGGAAAAUAUGGCAAAGAUAAUGCCCAAUAUGUGUGGUAAGUGGUUUUAUGGUCAGAAUAUUCUAAAUUUUAAAGCUCAGGAAAUAACGAGGAUUGCGAUAUGGAAAUGCUGAUUCCGUGGGGUUCUCCCGAUUUUCGCUGGAAUUUUUCUUAUUUUUGUGGAAAAUGAAUGGAUAUAAAUUUCUGAUUAGGCAGCUAAAAUACGGAUUGAAGUUCCUGUUCAAAAAGGAAGCUUGUUUAGCCAAUAAGAUUUUUUGCAUGAGGAAAACCCCUACGAUUUUGAACGAGCUUUCCCAGCUAAGCGCCAGAAACCAAAUAAAAAAAAAACGAAGAAUACGAAGAAUCUUAAGCAUUAAGCAAGUUACAAAAUGCCAAUUUAAUAAUGUUGAAAAAGCCUCAGUCAGUAUAAAAUAAAAUAUAUGAAUACACACAUUACAAUUACUAACUUUUGAAGCGGCAUAAAAAAAAUACUCAAAAUGCCACCCCAAGUAAAUAAUUGUGUAUCGAAAGUUUUGCCACUUAAUAUUCGAUAAAUUAAGGUAAAUGGAAAAUGUAUUAAAAAAUAUAAAUAAAUAAAUUUUUGCUGAUGAUCCAUGUGACAAAUUCCAAUACUUAAAAAGCAGCACACAAAAAACAAAGGCCACAAAGAACAACCAAUUUUUACAAGCGAAACGAAAAUUAUUGUCUAUAUUUGUUAAAAUUUGUGUUUCUCGUUUUUUCAAGCAACAAUUUUUACAUACAUUGUAACAUCUGAGUGUUGAAUUUUUCCCCAUCAAUGUUUUAGCACACGAGAAUAAUAAGAAUUUUUAAGCGCCAGUGCCAACAAAAGCAAAGUAAAAAAAGAAUAAAUAAAAACAAUACCUAAAACUACAUACAUUUAACGAAAAUCUAAAUUGUACCUUGAACAAACCGAAAAAGUCCAAAGAAAAAUGAUUUAUUGGCGCGAGCACCUUGCAGCUUCAACCAAACAAUAAAAAUGGAGAAGUGUGACAACGUUGAAAAGGACGAAAAUGGAAUAUUCUAUAGCUACCUAGUUGUGUUUUGCACAUUUUGUAAACUUUACAACACGAUGAAAAUGAAAAACCGAAAAUAUCUAAAUAAACGAAAGCCCCGCAAAAACGUUAUGUAUAAUGAUAUAUAUACAUAUAUACUAUAUAUACCUAUACAGGAUACCAGAACAUACAUAACUAAUAAAACCGUUUUUAAAACCCGUAAA